AUGACAAAUCUUGAUGAAAUUCUUGCAUACAAGAACCUUCAUACUGCUCUAUCUACUAUUCACCCGGUGAAAAUUUGUCUCCUUCAACUCUGCAACAAUAUUGGAACUUGCAUUGACUUUAAGUACCUAGAUAUUGAACCUAGUUGCAUCUCUCUAAACAACUGGGCUGCUGUUGUUGCUGGAGGGGAGUCGUACUUCAUUUGGCACUUUUUCGUUCCCCACAAAAGCGCAUGUACCAGAUCUGACAAAUCUAUUGUUGAAAACAGGAUUCACAAGCUAACUGAAGAAACGGUUGUAAAAGAAGAAGGCAGGAGGAAGUUUUGUCCAGAUCAAAUCACCCAUAGCUGCAUGGGAAACAACUUCUGCAUUCUAUACUGUGACUCCGGUGUAGUUUACAAAGUGUCGCUCCAUGAUGGAAGUGUCGAAAAUCGAUACGUCUUUAUUCCAAACAUAGUCAAAAUGGAGCUAAACUCAAUGUGCACAAGAUUGGCGACCGUUGACACAACAAAUCUCCUGCAGUUCUUCGAAAUUGGUGAAAAUUUUGUGAAGAAGAUACAUGGGCUGGAAGUAAAGGAAGUUGCAGACUUUCAGUGGGACGAGGAUCAAGAGGACUCAAUUGCAUACCUUACAAAACAGAAGCUAACUGUUCUGCGAGGAAACGAAGCCGAAGAGGGAAUAUCUUGUGAUGGGUACAUUUGCUCGUUUCGUGGUUUAGUGGUGCGCACUGUUCUUCUCGACAACUUCCUCCUGUACAAUGCAAGUGCAGAUAAACGGUUUAUAGUAGAUUCGGAGAUAAAGUCUCUCCGAGAUGCAAAACAUUUGUUGGAAUGUCUCAAAAUUGAAGAAGCGGUCGACUUCGUUAGAAGAAAUCCUCAUCCUCGUUUGUGGAAGCUGAUUGCCGAAGUUGCUCUCUCGAAAGUGGAUGUUCUAAUCGCGGAAUACGCUUAUGCGAAAAUGCAUGACUACAGCGGUUUACGAUUCUGUAAACGAGUUCUGGAUAUCCAGGAUCCCGAACUGAAAAAAGCUGAAAUAUUUGUGCAUUUGGGGAAGAUGACCAAUGCUGAAAGAGUAUAUCUUGAUCAAGAUCGAAGAGACCUGGCUAUAUCUGUGCACAAGAAAACUGAUGAAUGGUUGCAUGUACUGCGUUUGAUGAGCUCUGUUCCGAAUUCUACAAGUGACAAAGGAAGGAUGGAAGCACUAGUAAAUGUAGCAAACUACCACAGAGACAGACAGAGAUGGAAAUCAGCAGCAGAUCACUAUGAGCUUGCUAGAACGUUGGAGAACCUUAUGGUUUGCUACAUACACCUGGAUGACUUCAGUAGUCUUGAGCUCCUAACCAAACAACUUCCGAAUGGUCAUCCUAUCUUAUCAGCUAUAGCGGAGUUUUUCGCAUCGGCUGGACUUUGUGAACAAGCCGUGCAAUCUUUUUUGAGAAACGAGCAGGUUACGAACGCACUGCACGUGUGUGUACAACUUAACAACUGGGAUAAGGCAGUUUCUUUGUCUCGCACUCACAACCUUCAAGAUGUAAAUGGUUUAAUGGGCAAAUGCGUUGGAGAAAUGAACGAAAGCAGUGAACGCACUCUCGUUGCGGUUCAGCUUUACAGAAGGGCUGGACGAUUCAUCGAUGGAGCUCGAAUUGUUUACAGGAUGGCUGAGGAGGAGCGAAAGAAAACAGCUCGAUGUCUACGCUUAAAGAAGUUGUACGUAUUAGCAGCGCUUCUGAUUGAGGACCAUUAUCGACAAUUCAAUGUUGAAAUUGCAGAGAAAUCUGCUGCAGAUCUCAAGACAACUACUGCCCUGGAAAAACUACUAGAGGAAGACGGCAAUCUUUCAAGGGAAGACGCCCGAAUGAUACCCAGAGUAUGGAAAGCUGCUCAAGCCUACCAUUUCUUUAUGUUAGCUCAACGGCAACUGUUUCAAGGUGAUUAUUUCGCGGCUAUGACGACAAGUUUUUCUUUGGUAGAACUUGAAACAUACAUAGAUCCUAUCGAAAUAUACACUUUGAUUGAUUCAGGACCUGCAAAGCAUGACAUACCCACUUUCAUAUUGUUAAAUUGGAAAAUUUUUGUCAAUGUUGUUGCUGACGAUUGUGUUGACUUCAGAAACGAGUCAUUCUUAACACUACCUGGUGAAACGGCUGCACAAAACUGGACUGUCAUGCACAGCACGCAAACGGAGGCGGGACAAGAGGUGCAGGCGAAGAUGGUUCGACCUCUGCUGACACCUGCCUGCAGCUCCGCGCAUCUUAGCGUAAUUAUUAAUUAA